AGAUGAGUGCAAGAAAUUGUCCUUGGCUCAAAAGAACGAAGAAGCUGCCAAGAAAUGGCGUGACAUGACAUCUGCAGAAAAAGAUGCGUUCAAAGGAAAAGCAGAAAGUUUAAAGGCCCCUGAUGUUUCAGAGCUUAGUGAGGCUCAAAAAUCUAAGUUGAUAUCAGUUCACAGGAAAAAUCUUCUAAAUGAGGUAAAGGUUUCAAUCACUUUAUGAAAUAAUCUCCAGCCAAGCUAAAUUCCAAUUAGGUAGCAUAAACCAUGCAAAUUCAGAAUAACUUAAAACUUAAAAAAAAGUGGAUAAGUAAUUUCUAAUUAUCGUACUCUGUGGGAAUUAAUGCAACAUGCAGAUGUUUGUGUCCUUUUGAGUAAUCCUCGUGCCACAUCAUCUGCUUCAGAUCAUGUUUCUAGAAGACUUGGGCUGUGAAUCUUCUCUGAUUUUUCUAGACACUUCAGGCCAAGUGUACAACUUUGGAUCAAGUGCAGGUUUCUCUUUCUUAUGCCUGAAUCCUGACAUCAACAUCAAAUUCCGAGACCACUUUGGUAUAUAUUAUUACUUUGAAUUAGUAAUAUUAUAAACAUUGAAAGUGUUUUAUUGAUUUGUUGGCAUGCAACUGUAUUAGCAGAUGUUUAUAUAGCUUAUACUAUUAAGUGUGUCAUCCAAUUGACGAGAUUAUUCAUGAUUGUAAAUAAGGUGAAUACAUCAUCAAAAUAGACCUGAAACUACAUAGUACCUCUGUAUUUAUUUAUUUAGCUUGCACCAAUGAGAGGUACACAUACAAAGAUGUACAACAGCUAUUCAAUUCCAAAUACAGUAAGUUUAAGAAUAUACAUAUUAUUCACUAUAGUACAGAUGUUAACAUGUAAUUGUUGUCAUCAUCAUCGUCAUCAUCAUCAUCAUCAUCAUUAUUAUUAGCUCUGAUAAUAACAACAAAGCUGAUGAUGUCUAUAACAAAAUCCUCAAACCUGAUUGGUUCUGAACAGCGAAUAUUUGAUCCUUAAUCUGAAUACUGUAAUAAGAAAACUGUCCAAUUUGGCCUGUGUGAUUACAGCUGCUUUUAACUGGACAGGUCAAAUCUGACAAUUAUGCAGCCAAUAAAAAUCCAGUAGAAAAUGCCACUAGCUAAUGAAAUUGAAUUACUUAUUCUUACCUUGUGUCUCACAUUUUGGCAAAGAAAGUGUCAUAUGGGACAUGUGGAAAUGGUCAAUAAGACUUACUGUCAUACAUUUCAGGGGUAAUCAGGCUCAUUACUUGCCCAAUUACUUCCUGAAUUGUACUCCACUCAGUGCUAUUAUCAUUACCAAUCAAUGUUUCUCUUGCUCUUGCACAAUAGGUGAAGCAAUAAAGAAACCAGGCAGCAGGGUGCCGUAUCUACGUGGGGGUUUUACAGUAGAAAAUCUCCCAGAUGGCAUUUUCUUUAAGAAACCCUUCCAUUAUGGCACUAAACAACUCCAGGCCAUAAUGGAGAAAAAAAGCGAAAUUAAAUUCGUGAUUACCAGUAAUGCAAAUGUAAACUUGCAAAGCAACAGGGAUUUUAUUCCCUCUCCAACUCAGCCUGAAACAGUAGUCACUCUUCUGUCCAGGAUAGUGAACAGACAAUGUGCAGAAAGGGUAGUUAGACUGUCUGACAAGAUUAAAGAACAAGAUGUGGAGGUUGUGGAGUUGAGACUUGACCAGGAAGAGAGACUAAGAUUAAAUGAAUAUAGUUUUUAUUUUGAAGAUGAUGCAUGGCUUGCUGUUGGUGCUAAUAUUCAACACUCCACAGAAGCACAAGGGCUUAUUGUCCCAGUGUUUACUGAGUCAGAAGACGAGAAAUUCUGGCUUUUCUACACUAUCCAGAAUCCAUCAAAACUAGUCAAAGCUUCAUUUACUUACAAGAUAAAAGGGUAUUGGCUUGACUUACAAGGCCAAUCCAACUACAAAUUACUGAACAAUCAUCAGGAUUAUGUUACUAUUGCCAACUUGAUAAAAAAUGGACCCUAUGGACCAUUAUAUUUUUUGCAGGGGAUGGAAAUUUCAGAUGACCAGUAUUUUAAUAUACCUGAAGUAUUUAACAAUGCAAUAUUUGCUGCCUUAAGAAGUAGCACUAUUAUUUAAAAUUUAACAAUAUGUACUUUUCAAUUUAAUAUACCUUUUCUAAGAACCUGUUGGAAAGCCAAUUUUAUAGCCAGCUGACAUACAGAGAAUCCUAAAUUGUAGUUCUUAAAUUGUUACUAUUAUUAAACUAUAAAUAAUGAUUAGCCUAGAAGUUUGUUUGCUAAUUUGUUGAUCAUUUUCAGUGGUCCAAGUGGUGUGUCUACAAAUGAAUACAAAAUCCAGUAUAAAGUACUUUUAUUACCUAUUACAAUAGGCUACAUGCAUGUCAUACUUUCUAACAAAGACCACUUGUAGAAGCUUGAUUGUACAAAGAAAACCAGAAACAUUACAUUUUGCCAUUUUUGUGUACUAAUGAUAAGUACUUUUCAGAAUAUUUGCCAAUAUUGUGUACUUUUGGUAGGUGGUAAUCAAAGCGUCGUCCAACCCAGGUACAUCCCUGUAGUGGACAACAUCUAAUGGGCCUCUUGGUUUUGCUGAAAAUAUAGGAAAAAUGCAAUGUACGUGUCAAAAUGAGCAUGAAUUGAAAAAAGUCAAGAAUGCUGUGUACAGUAGAGAAAACACUCAUCUAUGUAACUACAAUGAACACAAUCCUCUGAAAAACAGAACUGAACAAUAAGAAAUGUAAUAAAAUACCUAUUUUCCUGAUUUCCUUUGGCCUUUCCCUGAUUCUUUUCACUCUUUAGCUCCUUAACUUCACUCUUAC